CGCCAUCUCGGCGCGACUCUUCAUUUCCUUAGAGUUAUCUGACUGCUCCGCUUGCGCUAUGCCGAAAGUCGUUUCCCGUUCGGUGGUCUGCUCUGACACCCGGGAUCGCGAGGAAUAUGAUGACGGCGAGAAGCCCCUCCAUGUCUACUACUGUUUGUGCGGCCAGAUGGUCCUGGUGCUGGAUUGUCAAUUAGAGAAAUUGCCUAUGAGGCCUCGGGACCGGUCUCGCGUGAUUGAUGCUGCCAAACACGCUCAUAAGUUUUGUAACACGGAAGAUGAGGAGACUACCUAUCUUCGGAGGCCUGAGGGCAUUGAACGUCAAUAUAGAAAGAAGUGUGCAAAGUGUGGGCUGCCGCUCUUCUACCAGUCCCAGCCGAAGAACGCGCCUGUGACGUUCAUCGUGGAUGGAGCAGUAGUGAAAUUUGGUCAAGGCUUUGGGAAAACCAAUAUAUAUACUCAGAAGCAAGAGCCUCCUAAGAAGGUGAUGAUGACCAAACGGACUAAAGACAUGGGCAAGUUCAGCUCUGUUACUGUGUCUACCAUUGAUGAGGAAGAAGAAGAGAUAGAGGCUAGGGAAGUUGCCGACUCCUAUGCACAGAAUGCCAAAGUGAUUGAAAAACAGCUGGAGCGUAAAGGCAUGAGCAAGAGGCGACUGCAAGAGUUGGCUGAAUUGGAAGCCAAGAAAGCAAAAAUGAAAGGGACUCUGAUCGACAACCAGUUCAAAUAAUUCAGAUCUUUCUGAGUUCAGACUGGAGGCCGGCACUUAGAUCAAGACGAAAGAGCUUCUUAAUUUCAUGGUCUCGUUUCUAUGUCCCAGGAAGAAUCUUUCUAACCAUCCCAUUGAGUUUCCUGCAUUAUUGUCCUUGUCUUUCACUGAAAUCCUUGACUCCAUUUCACUUGCUUUCUAGGAAGUAGAUUGUUUUCAAAAAUCUUUGUAUAAGUAAGUUUUCUGUCUUACUUGUCUUUGAGACAAGUUCCUGGUACACACUGGAGGACGGUCCUAAACUUGAUCCUCCUGUCUUAGCCCCUCCAGUGCUGUAACUGCAGGAAUGCACCACCGUGCCUGGCUUCCCUGUCAGUCCUCUUCUGUGAUAUCUUUAGGGCUAGAUAAGUCUCUAGUUUCUAAAGUUGAUGGUUUUUUAUUUCUUCUUCAAAGCUAAUAACUGUUUUAAAAUUUUUGAAAAAAUAAGGUAUGGGAGGAAAGUUGGAGGAAUUAAAAUUAAUUCCUUCUAACUCUUAAAAGGUGGAUCCUUUUAAGAGAUUCUGUCUCUGAUCUUCGAACUGUCCUUGGAAUUAACUAGGGUUUGAAUCAUUCUCUUGUUGGUAGAAAUCAGUUAGAAACCCGAAUCUGCAGAAAUAUUUCUUUACUUAAGAUAGUAGAGUUAUAUGUGAGCCAUGCCAUAUGAAACUACAGAAUUAAAGAAGGAAAAGCCAUGUGGCUGGGGGUGUAGCUCAAUAAUGGAGUACAUGCUAGGCAUGUGUGAGGACAUCCCCAGCACCAAAAACAAAAAAAAGAGGAAGAGCCAGAUUGCAGAUGCAGGGGUAGGGUAGCUCAGGUCUGAAUGAAAAUAUGGCCUUGCUAAGUAACCCAAAGGAGCUAGUCAGUCAGCUGGGGGAAUUACUGUGUGAGUACACAGGAGGGGCGUAGUAAGAGUAGAUUAUCUGUUGGGUGUCUUGUUUUCCAUUUGCUACUUGCAGAAGCCUGUUUGAAGUGUGUCAAUCCUUCAGUGAUGUCAGUAUCCACGUGGUUCUUCCCAUAUUCCUAUCUGUUUGCCUGUAUUGCAAGGCGUGAGGAAACAUGGAGUGUGUUGCCCUCCUGGUGUUAUCUCUGACCAGUUGCACUUUUAAGACUUGUUUGUGAGGUGCUGCCGGGAAGUCAUUUUCUUUGCCUUUUUUUCUGAUUUCAUUACUUGCAGGGAAAUAGGCUAGAGUGGAGGUACAGUUGAGCUAGCAAAAACUGGGCCAAAGAGGAUUGGGACUGCUGGGAAUGCACAGACUGGUACCAUGUUACCACCUUCCCAGUUACUCUGCAGCCAGUGAAUGGGAUCUUCCUUUGGCUAAUUCUUCACCUCCUUUCCUCUCCUAGUUUUUUUUUUGUUUUUUGUUUUUUUGUUUUGUUUUGUUUUUCGAGACAGGGUUUCCCUGUAGUUUCUAGAGCCUGUCCUGGAGCUAGCUCUUGUAGACCAGGCUGGCCUCGAACUUCCUAGUUGUGAGACAGAAUUAACAUUGUAUGAAUGACCAACUGUGUCCACCAGACAAUAACCUCUGCCUUUACUCCACUUUAUUCCCAAAUUCCUAUGUGCACAGCUUGGAUAUACUUACACCACCUCAGACAUUCAGGCUUCUAGUCUCUGGCCACAGCCUCUGAUUACUGCUAGUCUCACGGACUUACUUCCUUGUAGACCUUUUUAGGUGUGUGUUUAGACUUGAGGGGGCGCUUAUUUUGUUAGUAAUAAUGAAAACUAAUAGUAAUAGCAGCAUUAAUACUCGUUACUCUCCAGUGAAUACUUGGUGUGUGUCAGAUACUGUGGAAAGCACUUUAGAGGUAUUGGCUCUCUGACAAUACCUCCUAUGAUAGUUAACUCUUGUCAUCACCUUUUUCAAAUGAACACCCCUGAAGCUCAAACUUCAAGUUCCCCAAGAGCCACUCGCCAGGAAUUGGGAAAGCCAAAAAUCUGACUGUAAAACUCAAGCUCUACUAUGCUGACCUGCUUCUCCUGUGGAAUCUUUAUUUAUAUGUAUGUAUAGUUAGAUCAGAACAUAAUCAUUUUGAAAAAUCAAGUGACGUGCAAUGUAAAAAUAUUCAGCUAGAGAACCCCCUAAAGCAAUUCUGUGGUUAUACUUCUACAUAUUUUCUGAAAUAUUUUCUGUUAGAUAAAUCACAACCAUUUCAACUUCUGGCUCAAGUUACAAAUUUUGCUUCCUCUAUAAAGAUAUGAAACAUUAUGUCAUUAAUAUCAAGUGAGUGUGUACAUUUCAUUUCUUUUUAUUAAAAAUUAUUGAAACAAUAUGAUGUACUUUCCCUAUUAAUUUCUAAUGCUUUUAUAAGCAAAUGUGUUAAUUUUAAUAAAAAGAGCCAUAUUGAAA